CGAGAGUCUCGUGGUGAUUGCACAACUCCGUCUCUCUCUCCAAGAUAAAAGGGCAGGUGCUGCGGGACAGGAGGCAUCGUCACUCCCAGACCCUGUCGCCGCGCUCCCCACGAGGAUGGCGGCCAGGCUGCUAAGCACCGUCCUGGGUGUUGUCAUCAUGGUCCAGGUGGGGGCAGCCACCAAGCAGUCCCUGGACCACCAGAAGAUUGCAGGGUUCUGGAGGGAAGUUGGCGUGGCCUCGGAGCACAGCCUUGCCCUGAAGACGUCCAGGAGGCUGGAGGGCCUCUUCCUGACCUUGAGCGGGGGCAACUUGACGGUGAAGGUCGUGUACAACAACUCAGGAAGCUGCCAGACAGAAAACAUGGUGGGCUUAGAAAUGGACGUUUCAGGGAAAUUUGCGUUCCCUGGCCACAGGGAGAUUCACGUGCUGGACACGGACUACGAGCACUACGCCAUCCUCAGGGUGUCCCUGCACUGGCGCGGGCAGGACUUCGGGGUGCUCAAGUACUUCAGUCGGAGCCUUGAGGACGAGAACGAGCCUGGCUUCUGGAAGUUCCGGGAGUUGACAGCAGACACGGGGCUUUACCUGGUGGCCCGCCACGGGAGGUGCGCCAAGCUCCUGAAGGAGGAACUGAUCUGAUGAGCCCCUGCCCCACUGGAGGGGCCGCCUGCACCCAACCUACAGCUCUGCCUGGCGCCCCGAAUAAAUCUCUGAGGCCAA